AUGCGAUUUCCAGAAGAAAAUGAUUUUCUUCAAUUCAGAGAAAGACGAAGCGCGUCGAUUGAAAAAUUUGAUCCUGACAGAAUGGAUGAACUCGAUAUUGAUAUUCAAUCUGGAGGGUUUCGAGAUGGAUUGACUCAAGCAUUCACGCUCGUUCUUUUUACGGAAAUUGCGGACAAGACCUUUUUCGUUGCUUGUAUCAUGGCGAUGCGAUACAACCGGUUGGUCGUCUUCGCUGGUGCUUGGGGAGCUCUUGUACUGAUGACCUUCCUCUCCUGCGCCCUUGGUCACGUGGUCACCCAGCAGACUUGGCUCUCGACGUCCGUGACGCACUACAUCGCCGCCAGUCUCUUCCUUAUCUUCGCUCUCCACAUGCUCUACGAAGGGUAUCAAAACAAGGACAAUUCAGCGACGGAAGAAAUGGAAGAAGUCGCCAUGGAGCUGCGAGAAGAUGACGAGGAGCUGCGCGUGCGAUUCCGAAAGAACUCGACCACCGACUUGAAAGACGUCGAUAAUCCGCAAAUGGUCGUGGAAAUCGUGAGAAACUCGAGCUCCCCCUCGGAAAAUGAGCCGAUUGCUCAGUCGCAUGUCAGUGAAAUUAACACGACGAGGAGUAGAAGCUCUCCAGACAGUGGACUUCCAGCGAUCCAAGAAAGCGAUGAAAACAUCACUUGCUUGAAAAAAGUGGAGAAAUUCUUGACAAUUUUCAUCAACCCCGUCUUUCUCAAAGCCUUCGUUUUGACCUUCCUCGCGGAAUGGGGCGAUCGUUCCCAGAUUUCUACAAUUGUUCUUGCUGUUUCUACGGAUAAAACGGCUGUUUUCUUCGGAGGAAUCAUCGGCCAUUUCGUCUGUACUUCCGCAGCGAUCAUCUUUGGCCGGCUUAUUGCUAACCGAAUCAAGCUAUUUUACCUAAAUAUCGCUGGAGGAAUUAUUUUCAUCGCCUUUUCGGCCUACACUUUCUACCUAGCCGCUACUGGCGAAAACGACUAA